GUUUGCUUCCAGUUUGAUAUAUUUAUUUAUUGAUUUGCAAAAAGUUGUGCCACAAGUUGUGCUAGUGCCGGGUGUAUUACAAUAAUUUAAACUUUUAGAGGACUGAAUUGCUAUUGUUUUACAAUAAAUAUGACUGAUUUCAUAGAUAUCGACGGUAGCAUUUUAGAGGGGGGUGGUCAAAUACUGCGUAUUUCUAUUGCGCUGAGUGCAAUCUUAGGUGUGCCAGUUCGAGUGAGCAAAAUCAGGGCGGGCCGAAGCAAGCCCGGGUUAGCUUCGCAACAUCUAAAAGGCAUUGAACUUGUCGGCGAGAUGUGCCAGGCAAGGGUGAGGGGCGCCAGUAUAGGCUCCACCGAGAUUGAGUUCACCCCGGGCCCGCUCAGGGGCGGGCAGUAUGAGGCUGACACACACACUGCCGGUUCGGUCAGCCUGCUGCUGCAGGCGGCGCUGCCGUGCGCGCUGUUCGGCGCCGCACCGGUCGAGCUGCAGCUACGCGGUGGCACCAACGCCGCCAUGGCUCCGCAGGUCGACUUUAUGGCGCAGACGUUCCGCAAGCUGCUGAAUCGAUUCGGCGCGGAUUUCGAAAUGACCAUACAUAAGAGGGGGUACUUCCCCAAAGGCGGCGGGCACGUGUCGGUGCGGGUGUCGCCGGUGCGGUACCUGAGCGGCGUCAACAUCAUGCAAGGCGGCCGCGUCAUCGCCGUGCAGGGCGCCAGCUUCGUGGCCGGCAACCUGCCGCUCCAUUUAGCGCAUGGUAUGGCAGAUGGCGCGAAAGAAGAGCUCAGACCUGUGUGCACCAAGAUAGACAUCAAGUGCUACAAAGAGGACAGGAGCGUGGCGCCCGACAACUGCAACGGUAUCAAGUACUUCCCCAAAGGCGGCGGGCACGUGUCGGUGCGGGUGUCGCCGGUGCGGUACCUGAGCGGCGUCAACAUCAUGCAAGGCGGCCGCGUCAUCGCCGUGCAGGGCGCCAGCUUCGUGGCCGGCAACCUGCCGCUCCAU